AAAAAUUCAAUCGAAUAAUUCUGUGAAAGCCGAAAAGCAGGCGUCCAAUUAAUAGCGUUCAUUUUUCGAACAAACGUCAAAAUAUUAAAUCUCUUGAGUUGACUAUUGUAAACCACCCACAAAUUCAACUCGGAUGCCAAUUGGAAAUUUAGAACAGUUUAGGCAACGUUAUAAUUCUGAUUGGAACAUAAGCUGGAAAUUGGAAGCGACCAGCGACGAGCACUUUUCUAGAUUUUCCACUCACAUUCAGUUCACGUUUCUGUCGUUUUGGUCGGUGUAGUGUGCGGCGGUCUAUUUUCGUCGAGGAAUUACGACUUGCCAGUGUUUAAUUUAUCAUCAUUAUCAUCGGUACUAAUAAUUUAUAAUUGCAAAGAUGUUCCGACUCCCAUCAACCUUAGCUCGUUUAUCGGCAGCACGUCAAUUCGCUGUUCGAAGAUAUGCAAAAGAUGUCCGCUUUGGACCAGAAGUGCGCGCUCUUAUGCUGCAAGGUGUUGAUAUCUUGGCCGAUGCAGUUGCCGUAACAAUGGGACCAAAGGGACGUAAUGUCAUCUUGGAACAAUCAUGGGGAUCCCCAAAAAUCACAAAAGACGGUGUCACCGUUGCUAAGGCAGUCGAAUUGAAGGAUAAGUUCCAAAAUAUCGGAGCUAAAUUGGUUCAAGACGUAGCCAACAAUACAAACGAAGAAGCUGGUGAUGGAACUACAACCGCCACAGUCCUAGCCCGUGCUAUCGCCAAGGAAGGCUUUGAUAAGAUUUCAAAAGGAGCCAAUCCUAUUGAAAUUCGUCGUGGUGUUAUGAUGGCCGUUGAUGCGGUUAUCGCACACUUGAAGACCAUGUCAAAGGAGGUCACCACGCCAGAAGAAAUCGCUCAAGUAGCAACAAUUUCUGCAAACGGAGACCAAACUGUAGGAAACCUGAUUAGUGAAGCCAUGAAAAAAGUAGGAAAGGAUGGCGUGAUCACAGUGAAGGACGGCAAAACAUUAACGGAUGAACUGGAAGUCAUUGAGGGAAUGAAAUUCGACCGAGGUUACAUCUCUCCAUAUUUCAUCAACUCAAGCAAAGGCGCAAAAGUAGAAUUCCAAGAUGCAUUGGUUCUAUUCUCUGAAAAGAAAAUUUCCACCGUUCAAUCUAUCAUCCCUGCCUUGGAGUUGGCAAAUGCACAAAGGAAACCAUUAGUUAUCAUUGCUGAGGAUAUUGACGGCGAAGCUCUUAGCACCUUAGUAGUAAACCGAUUGAAGAUUGGUCUUCAAGUUGCAGCUGUAAAAGCACCAGGUUUCGGUGACAAUCGUAAAUCAACUCUCCAGGACAUGGCUAUCAGCACCGGUGGCAUUGUGUUCGGCGAUGAAGCAAAUUUGGUGAAAAUUGAAGAUGUUCAAUUGUCUGACCUUGGUAAAGUUGGAGAAAUUAUCAUAACCAAAGAUGACACCUUGGUUCUGAAGGGCAAAGGAACAAAGGAAGACAUUGACCGUCGUGCUCAACAAAUCCGUGAUCAAAUCGAAGAAACAACCUCCGAAUACGAAAAGGAGAAAUUGCAAGAGCGUUUGGCUCGUCUUGCAUCCGGUGUUGCCUUAUUGCGUGUAGGUGGUUCAAGCGAGGUAGAAGUAAAUGAGAAGAAAGACCGUGUAAAUGAUGCUUUGUGUGCGACACGCGCUGCUGUUGCAGAAGGAAUUGUUCCCGGAGGUGGCACUGCCUUGUUGAGAUGUAUCCCAAUUCUAGAUGGAUUGAAGGGACAAAAUGAAGAUCAAAAUACUGGUGUUGAUAUCGUACGACGUGCUCUUAGGAUGCCAGCCCUAACAAUCGCUAAGAACGCUGGCAUUGACGGAUCAGUUGUGGUUGCUAAGGUUGAAGAGCAAAAGGGAGACUUCGGCUACGAUGCCAUGAAGAACGAAUAUGUGAACCUCAUCGAAAGGGGAAUCAUUGAUCCCACAAAGGUCGUACGAACAGCACUUACAGACGCUUCCGGUGUAGCUUCCUUGCUGACAACAGCCGAAGCCGUUGUAACAGAAAUUCCUAAAGAAGAGAGUGCAGGUGGCAUGGGAGGAAUGGGUGGUAUGGGCGGUAUGGGAGGAAUGGGUGGAAUGGGUGGAAUGGGAGGAAUGAUGUAAAGGUCGUAGCUGGUUAAGUUUUGUUUUCCUAAUUUUUCGUAUCUAGAUAAAUUUCAAUUCCAUUUGUUUCGACAAAAUACAGAAAGAAAACUUCGAAUCAUCCAAUUCUAUAAACGAAGUCUGGGUCUCAUGUUAUAAUUGGUAGGAAUACAUAUUAUAUAUGUAUUAUACUUUCUUAGAUAUUGCAAACGGCCUGUUGUAUUAUUGCAUGUACAUAGCCAUGAGUGUCAUCCGUCUGAAUGGCUUAUGAAAUUUUCAUUUACAAACGGCUUCAUUGUAAUUUCUACCUUUUUCGAGUGUGUUCUCUUUUUCUUCUACUUUGACCCAACGGAGUUUAUAAGGCAGAAUUUUUAAAUGCAUUUACGAAAAUGUUGAGACGGCAGAGAUGAUGUAUGUAUAUGCCAUUGCAUUGUUUAGUUUUACGUUAUUUUCAAUAAAAUAUAGUUUUUAUUAUAAAAGAAA